AUGCCUACCGUGGUCCUAAUGGACGUGUCCCUGUCCAUGACACGGCCAGUGUCAGUGGACGGCAGUGAGGAGUUCCAGAGGAAGAACCUGGCUGUGCACGGACUGAAUAUGCUGUUCGAACACAUGGCCUCAAACUAUCGCUUGGAGUUCACAUCACUGAUGGCAUUUUCUUCUCUCUGGGACCUAUUGGUACCUUUCACAAGGGAUUACAAUACAUUACAGGAGGCUCUGAGCAACCUGGAAGACUAUGACAAGACCUGUGUUGAAUCAGCUCUUCAGGGAGUCAGUAACGUGGUGCAGCAGGAGUGGGGCAGUGCCUGUCCUUGUCAGGUGGUGCUGGUUACCGAUGGAUCUCUUGGUAUUGGCAAGGGUUCCCUGCGUCACUCCCUGCAAACACUGAAGCAUCGUGGGGACGACAAGAAGUUCCCACUGCCUUUCCCUUUCCCUACCAAAAUGUACAUCAUGUGUGUAGCCAACGCAGAGGAGUUACAGAUGACUGAUGCCAUGGACAACUUGGAGGAGCUCCUGCGUCUCAGUGGUGGUGAUGGACAGAUCUUCAGUAUGGAGGGACCACUUUGCAUGAAGAGUGUACAGGCUAUGUUUGGGAGGCUGAUUGAUUACGCAUACUCUCCCUUCCAUGCUGUCCUGCACUGUGGGAACCUGUCCUCAGAUGUUCAGGUGUUCCCUCGACCUGAGCCCAUUGUGCUGGAUGAAGAGGUUGAGCCCAUGCCCCGAUCAGUCAGUACAGAUUUGGAAAUUAUUGGCUUCAUUGAAAUUGGUGACAUUUCCAGUCCUCCAGUUAUAUCCAGACAUUUGGUACUGCCUAUUGCUGUGAACAAAGAGGUGGAUGAAGUUGGCACAGGAGCCACAGAUGAGCUUGAGGAGGAACCUUCUGCUAGUCAGAUGGCAGGCAAAAGUCCAAACUUUUGUGUACUUUUACAUGGCAGUCUUAAAGUUGAGGGCAUGGUGGCGCUGGUCCAGCUGGGGCCGGAGUGGUACGGGAUGCUGUAUUCUCAAGCGGACAGCAAGAAGAAAUCGAACCUGAUGUUGUCUGUGUUUGAUCCUGGUGCAGAGCCUCUGCCGUGGCUGGGCAAGAUCUCACAUUUGGGACCAGUCUCAGAGGCUGCUGAAAAUCCAUACGGAGAAGAUGACAAUAAAAGUCCUUUCCCCGUGCAGCCGCAGGUCAAACGAAGCUAUGCCCAGAAUGUCACGGUGUGGAUUAAGGCCAGUGGAUUACAGACUGAUGUGCAGAAGAUCCUGAGGAACGCAAGAAAACUACCAGAUAAAACUCAAACGUUCUAUAAGGAGCUGAACCGUCUUCGGAAGGCUGCCCUGGCUUUCGGUUUCUGGGAGCUCCUGAAGGGAGUUGCUGAUCUGCUGGAGAGAGAGUGCACCCUGCUGCCAGACUCGGCUCACCCUGACGCAGCUUUCCAGCUCUCCCAUGCUGCACAGCAACUCAAACUGGCCAGCACUGGUGACUCCCAGUACGCUGCUUUUGAUCACAACAUUGCUCCCAUGCACACUGACUUCUCAAGCUGAGCCACGUCUGAAUUAGUAAAAGCUGGACUAAUUUAUAACAGCCUCUACCUGUGUGGACCAAGGUGGAGACAGCACCCGUUUGUGCUGAACUUUGUUUGAAGAACUCAUUGAAGGGGCUGCUUCAAGAACUUAUAUGUGGAUAUUGAUAACUUACACUCCUUUGUCACUGCCUAAACAUGGCAACACGUACAUAAUAAGGUGUUUGUAAGAUGUUCAUGUGUCCAUUAUUUUGUUUUGUUUUUUACAUGUUCUUUUGUAGGAUCUUUUUUCCCUAAUCAGAUCAGAUUUCAAUUUCAUUUUUAUUCAUUGUCAAAUAACUCACAUUUACAGGAAGUGAUUGUUAAUGUUGGCAUUUAAAAAUUCAGGUGACUGAAUAAAUAAUGAAAUAGCAGAAUGAGGAAGCAAUAUAAAUAUAAAUUCUGCAUAGCUGGUUGUUACUGAGCAUGAGUGAAAAUGCUGUCUGCACUUAUCAGUCUACAGUAUGAUUUCCCCUGAGGUCGGUGGGACGGUUCAAAAAUCUGUAAUAAGGAAUACAGGAAAUAACAAACUGCUAAACUAUCAAGAAUAAAAAGGGAAAGAAACA